UUAUUUCCUAGAUGCACCCACUGGGCCUGUGUAAUAACAAUGAUGAAGAGGACUUGUAUGAAUAUGGUUGGGUAGGAGUGGUGAAGCUGGAACAGCCAGAAUUGGAUCCGAAACCAUGCCUCACCGUCCUGGGCAAGGCCAAGCGAGCGGUGCAGCGGGGAGCCACCGCCGUCAUCUUCGAUGUGUCUGAAAACCCAGAAGCUAUUGACCAGCUAAACCAGGGCUCCGAAGACCCACUCAAGAGACCAGUGGUGUAUGUGAAGGGCGCAGAUGCCAUCAAGCUGAUGAACAUCGUCAACAAGCAGAAAGUGGCCCGAGCAAGGAUCCAGCACCGUCCCCCUCGACAACCCACCGAAUACUUUGACAUGGGGAUUUUCUUGGCCUUCUUUGUCGUGGUCUCCUUGGUUUGCCUCAUCCUUCUUGUCAAAAUCAAGCUGAAGCAGCGACGCAGUCAGAACUCCAUGAACAGGCUGGCCGUGCAGGCUCUGGAGAAGAUGGAAACGAGGAAGUUCAACUCCAAGAGCAAGGGGCGCCGGGAGGGGAGCUGUGGGGCCCUGGACACGCUCAGCAGCAGCUCCACCUCUGACUGUGCCAUCUGCCUGGAGAAGUACAUGGACGGAGAGGAGCUGCGGAUCAUCCCCUGUACCCACCGGUUCCACAAGAAGUGCGUGGACCCCUGGCUGCUGCAGCACCACACCUGCCCCCACUGUCGGCACAACAUCAUAGAACAAAAGAGAAACCCAAGCGCUGUGUGUGUGGGGACGAACAACCUCUCACGUGGCCGGCAGCAACGGGUCAUUUUGCCGGUCCAUUACCCUGGCCGCGUGCACAGGACCAACGCCAUCCCAGCCUACCCUACGAGGACGAGUAUGGACUCCCACGGGAACCCCGUCACGCUGCUGACCGUGGACCGGCACGGGGAGCAGGGCCUCUAUUCACCGCAGACCCCUGCCUACAUCCGCAGCUAUCCCCCUCUCCACCUGGACCACCCCCUGGCCACCCACCGCUGCAGCCUGGAGCACCGGGCCUACUCACCAGCCCACCCCUUCCGCAGGCCCAAGUUCAGCGGCCGCAGCUUCUCCAAGGCAGCUUGCUUCUCCCAGUACGAGACCAUGUACCAACACUACUACUUCCAAGGCCUCAGCUACCCGGAGCAGGAGGGGCAGCCCCCCCCCAGCCUGAGUCCCCGGGGCCCGUCCCGGGCCUUCCCGCCUAGUGGCAGCGCCAGCGGCAGCCUCCUCUUCCCCGCCGUGGCGCACCUGGCCCCUCACUCCCACCUGGAGAGCGGCAGCACGUCCAGCUUCAGCUGCUACCACGGGCACCGUUCGGUGUGCAGCGGCUACCUGGCCGACUGCCCGGGCAGCGACAGCAGCAGCAGCAGCAGCUCCGGCCGGUGCCACUGCUCCUCCCGCGACUCCAUGGUGGACUGCACCGAGGUCAGCAACCAGGGCGUGUACGGGAGCUGCUCUACUUUCCGCAGCUCCCUCAGCAGCGACUACGACCCCUUCAUCUACCGCAGCCGGAGCCCCUGCCGCACCAGCGACGCAGGCGGCUCAGGCCGGGGGCCGGCCCUGGGCCUCGAGGGCUCCCCACCACCUGAGGAGCUCCUGGCAAUGCGUGCUUACGGUGCCGGCCGGGGAGAGCCUUGGCCCGGGCCUGUCUCGCCCUCGGGGGACCAGCUGUCCACCUGCAGCCUGGAAAUGAACUACAGCAGCAGCUCCUCCCUGGAGCACAGGGGGCCCAACAGCUCUACCUCAGAAGUGGGGCUCGAGGCUGCUCCUGGGGCCGCCCUGGACCUCAGGAGGACCUGGAAGGGGGGCCGAGAGGGGCUCACGUGUGCCUGCUGCUGCGAGCCCCCACCCUCUGCACUGGAGCCCGGCGCGGGCACCGCGGACAGCAGCACCUUGUUCCUGGGCGCCCCGCUCUGUGAGGGCUGUGGCCCCUCCAGUGGGGAGCCACUGCCGGGAGGCCCCCAGGGCCGGCACAGCCUUCACCCAGACCACUUGCCCAGGACAGACGGGGUGCCAUACGAGGGCCUGCCCUGCUGCUUCUAUGAAGAGAGACAGGUGGCCCGCGGCAGCUGCUACACUGAGGACUAUUCCGUGAGUGUGCAGUACACGCUCACCGAGGAGCCCCCACCCAGCUGCCACCCAGGGGCCCGGGACCUGACCCAGCGCAUCCCAAUCAUCCCAGAGGAUGUGGACUGUGACUUGGGCCCGUCUGCAGACUGUCUUGGAUCCCAGGUCCACGGCCCCUGGGGUGGGACACCGAGCCCGGACAUCCCACAGCCUCCCCGGGGUGUGGACACCACCCAGGAAGGACAGCAGGCUCUGGGCUGCCCGGCCGGGAAGCUGCUGCGGCCGGGCCGCCCUCCAGAGGGCAAGGGGGCUCCCCGGGCUUGUUUCCCCAGGGCCCUCCAGGACGCUCAGGAGUCUGAUGCUACAGCCGCUGAGGCUGCAGGAUCAGGACCUCACCCAGCAGAUGGCAGCGGCCCGGGAGCCUGACUCAGAAGGAGCUCUUACCUAGAAAUGGGAAACUGUAGAGACGCCAAACUCUGACUUCCUUC